UGCUGAUGGUGGUGGUGGUGCUGCUGCUAUUGUUGUUAUUGGUGGUGGUGGUGGAGCUCCUGCUGAUUCUGCUGCUGCUACUGUUGUUGUUGUUGUUGGUGGUGUUGGUAGUAGUAGUGGUGGUGGUGCUGCUGCUGCUGCUACUGCUGUUGUUGUUGUUGGUGAUGGUGGUUGUGGUGGUGGUGGUGGUGCUGCUGCUGCUGUUGUUGUUGGUGGUGAUGCUGCUGUUGUUGUUAUUGUUGUUGUUGUUGUUGGUGGUGAUGCUGCUGCUGCUGUUGUUAUUGUUAUUGUUGUUGGUGGUGGUGCUGUUGUUAUUGUUGUUGGUUGUGGUGGUGGUGGUGCUGCUGCUGUUAUUGUUGUUGUUGUUGGUGGUGGUGGUGGUGGUGCUGCUGCUGCUACUGUUGUUAUUGUUGUUAUUGGUGGUGGUGCUGCUACUACUGUUGUCGGUGGUGGUGCUGUUGCUGUUGGUGAUGAUGGUGGUGGUGCUGCUGUUAUUAUUGUUGUUGUUUUUCUUUAUCUCACUAGACAUAAGUGUCCAACUGUAUCAACAGGACUUGAAUUUACAUUUUGUAAAACCAAAGUUUUUUUUUUUUUUUACAUUUGAAACGAUUACAAAUACAUAUUAAUAAAUAUGAAAAAUAUGAGAAAUAUGAAAUUCUCAGAAAUAUGUGAAAUACAUCAAAUAAAUAAAAUGAAUUAAACAUAAAUUAAUAAAUGUAAACAAAUAAAUACAGAUUCAAUUAGACUGGGCAAACUGACGUCCCACGAUGAUGUCUCCCGUAGCCACGCCCAUUGCAUAUACCGGUGAAUUGCGUCAUUCGAUCGCGUCUCCCGUAACCACGCCCAUUGUGUAUUCAGGUGAACGGCACCUGCCGGUAGGUGCAGUAAAGCUAAUUGUAGACGCAGUGAAACUGGGAGAAACAGGUGUCGAGGUUCAAGUGGUGGAUUUACGAGUGUUACUCUUUAGAUCUGCGCAUCUUCUGAGAAGGCAGACAUGGAGGAAAUGACAAUAUGGGAGCAGCACACAGUGACGCUAAACAAAGAUAACAAAUUCGGGUUUGGUUUUGCUAUCUCGGGCGGGAGGGACAAGCCGAACCCAGGCACUGGGGACACCGCUGUGAUCGUCUCUGAUUUGGUGCCCGGCGGCCCGGCUAUGGGCAGACUCCAGACCCGGGACCAGAUAGUGAUGGUGAAUGGGGUGUCCGUGGAGAACACCACCUCACAGUACACCAUUCAGCACCUCAAAAGCUGUGGCAAAACAGCCAACAUUACAGUGAAGAGGCCUCGCACAAUUCAGAUUCCAGCUAGUGGCAGGCCCACACGAGCUUCCUCACAAUCAAACCUUCUGGACAAUGACCGAUAUGACCGGAAACCUCCGCGUGGGUCAGACUCAGGGUAUGGGCGGCGUCCUCGAAGUACCACACCUGAACGCAACGGCCACGACCUGCCACUUAUGUCCGGCUACAAAAGACUUCCCAAUCUGGACGCUUCAGAUAAACCCAUCAAAGCCACGCUGGUGAAGCUGAAACCUACAGACGAGUAUGGGAUGAAGUUAGGGAGUCAGAUUUUCAUCAAGCACAUGACCCCUACUGGUCUGGCUGCUAAAGAAGGCACACUGCAGGAGGGAGAUCUCGUUCUCAAGAUUAAUGGAAUGACUACAGAGAACCUCUCCCUGCUGGAGACCAAGCACCUGGUGGAGAAGUCGAGAGGUAAACUCUCCAUGGUGGUGCUGAGGGACAACAGGAAGUUCCUGGUCAGUAUUCCUGAAGUGUCGGACAGCCCUCAGAACAGUACUGAGGAGAGGAGCAGUGGCAGCAGCUCAGAGCUGGAGGAAAUUUCUGAUCUGGACAUGGACAUACCUGUUCAGAAUCGAUCGUCUCGUGCACCGACCCGAGAACGUCGCACACGCAGAACCAGAAACGCUGAGGCCCCUACUUUCUCAAAAUCUCGUGAUUCACCCGAUCUGCGCACCAGCAAGUCACAGCCACCUUCCUAUGCAGUGCCUCGACGCAGAGUCUCAUCUGAGUCAGAAUCAGACCACAGCAAAUCUCCUCCUCCGGCUAAACACAACAGCAGUAACAGCAGAGACCGGUACAGAGUGCUCUCAGGAAUAUCAGCGCUGCCUAAUCCUCGAGCUUCUCCUGUCAAUUAUAACGCUCCUCACAGCUCCUACUCAUUGCCACGACCACGCAAAGCCAUUUCAGAGUCUGAUUCAGACCACAAUGCCUCUCCACCCCCAAGACGGGAGAGUCCCAGGACUAACAGUCAGUCCAGAUACAAGGUGCUCCCUGAACUUCCCCAAGCUGGCUUGAAGUCAUCUUCCCGCAGCCGUUCCCUGGACCUCCUCAGCCAUGGCUCCUCCCCUUACAGACCCCCACCGCCAGACGAGUCCGAGUCAGAUGAAAGUUCAGGAGCGGCAUUCAGAUCAGGAACGCUGUCCAGCCAGGACUCACGCAACAGAUACAGGGCCACACCUGAGAUAGCGCUAGCCCCCAUGGUUGCGGCCCCAAAAUGGUCAAAACCCUCAACACCCACCAAGAGAGCAUUGUCAGAGUCUGAAUCAGAUGCAAGUUACCCAGUGGUUCCCAGUCCAGAUGCCACACACAAACACGAAGUUGUUGCUCAGACUCAAGUGACAUCGGUUAAAAGCAGACCAGAGUAUCAUUACAGAGCCUCCUCACCUCCCAGACCUCCAUCUGACCUCUCGCCGUCUGAGAGAACACCUUCUCCACCCAGGAGAUCAGGCAGCACCGAUCACGACAGCAAUCAUAGUUUGCCAGAGGCAGACACCACUCUCCGAUCUGAUUUAUCAAGAUCCAGCCACACCAAGUGGAAUGCCAAGCCCGUAGAGGAGCCUCUUUACUCCCUCCCACCUGAUGCAGAUCCUACACCUAACCAGGGCUACAGCUCAGACCAGAACAUGGUGGGGUUUGUUAAGGAGGGCAGUGUGGGUCUACGGCUUGUAGGGGGCAACGACGUGGGCAUCUUUGUCGGAGGCAUCCAGCCAAACAGCCCUGCUCAUAGAGAGGGCAUGAGAGAGGGGGAUCAGAUACUGCAGGUCAAUGGGGUUGACUUCAGUCACUUCACCAGAGAAGAGGCGGCCAUGUUCCUUAUGAACAUUCGAUCUGGGGAACGCAUUAAUAUGCUCACUCAGAAUAAAAUGGACAUUUAUAAGAAGAUCCUGAGUUCCAGCCUGGGUGAUUCCUUCUACAUCCGCACCCACUUUGACUAUGAGUCAGAGGAGAGCCGCGGCCUAAGCUUCACCCGGGGAGAGGUUUUCCGUGUGGUGGAUACAAUGCACCGUGGGAAAUUGGGAACUUGGAUGGCUGUUCGGAUGGGAACCAACCUCUAUGAGCUGGACAAGGGUAUUAUACCCAAUCAGACCAGAGCUGAAAGUCUAGCUAUUGUCGAGCAGACUCAGAGGAUCCAGAUGGCAGAACGCCAGGCCUCAGCUCCCAGGGCAGAGUUUUGGAAACUGCGCGGGCUCCGGGGGGCUAAGAAGCCUGUCCGAAGAACACGGGAUGACCUCCUUCAACUGACCAUUCAGGGCAAGUUUCCAGCAUACGAGAAGGUUGUGCUGAGGGAAGCCAACUUUAAACGGCCGAUUGUCAUCACGGGCCCCCUGAAUGACAUUGCAAAUGAGAAACUGGCCAGAGAAAUGCCUAAUGAAUUUGAGGUGGCAGAAAUGGUACCCAGGGGUGGUGGAGAAGCCCAGUCUGUCAUUAAGUUGGACACAGUAAAAAGAAUAGCAGAGCAGAACAAGCACCCUCUAUUGGACAUCACACCCACUGCAGUGGAAAGACUUAGUUACAUCCAGUAUCACCCUAUAGUGCUGUUCCUGGAGCCGCACAGCCGCAAAGAUGUGAAAGCUAUGAGACAAAGAUAUGAUCCUAAUUCUAAGAAAAGCUCACGGAAACUGUACACUCAGGCCUUAAAGCUGAAGAAACAAUACAGCCAUCUUUUUGCUGCACACAUCGAUCUGCAGCCCAAUUCAAAUGUGUGGUAUGAAAUUCUUAAAGAGAAGAUUCAGCAACAACAGUCUAAGCCUGUCUGGGUCUCAGAAGUGACGUUGGAGGGAGGUGCCAAUGAGGAACUGGACGUGCUCAACCACAACGAUGCCUCAGACUACCUCAGUGGUGCCAGCGACUAUGAGGACACGGACGGUGAGCCCUACACUGAUGGCGAGGCUUACACAGACAAUGAGGACCUGGAAGAGCCAGCCAACAGCCAACCAGACAUAGCAUGGCGCCGCAGGACAGCAUUGGCUCGCUCCUCAGAACCAGCCGCAUGGCAGACACCCAGCCCUGAGCCUCAGCCACACUCUGAAGAAGAGGAGGCGGAGCCUGAGUACACUCUACCCCCUCAAGAGGUGCCUCUCAUGCGCUAUACUCCUGAGCCCCAAGCCUCGCAAAAGGAGAAUGCAGCAUUAUCGGCCACACGCAGUUUCACAGACUCAGACUACAGCGCCGAGCCUGAUCCACCUGGCACACCCACCUCAGAAGGACCUCCGGAAUUUAGGGCUCCAGAUCCCACAGAGCUCCCUCGCAAGAGCCCACCACCUGUCACACUGUCAUUCAUAGAGCAGAAACUACAACAGACACGCAUGGAAGAUGCACCAAAGACCCCUUUGGUUGUGUUGGCACAUCAUGAAGCAAUGUUGAUGCGAAGGACCCAGAUCAGAGGCAGCGACAGUUCAGAGGACAGUGAUGGCGAUAAUGAUGAUGAAGAAAAUGAUGACAUGGAAUGGGGUCCUGCCACAGAGCUCUAAUACACACAACCUAGAAGACACAUGGACCACCACAUCUGUGGAAAUAAUGUGAAAAUCUUUUUUUUUUUCUUUGCUUUUUAUUUUAUUUUUACCUAUCCUCAUGGACCUGUUCUGAAAACUCUCACUGCUGGACUGUAUGCAUACAUUGGGGUUCUUUCAGGCCCUGUACCAUUGGACAUGUUCAUGGACAAUGUGUAUUUUACCUUCUGUAUUACAUUACAGCCUUGUCUUUUUUUUUUUAACGUGAACUGUUUCAAAAUAAAUACAUUUAACAAAAUAUUUCACUUUCCAGGGUCAGUAAUAUUUAAUGUAUAACUUAUGUUUUUUUUCUCUGAAAAGAACAGUGAAUGGGCUUUGAAUGAAUCAAGAUAUCUGAACACAAUGCCCAUUUUAUGAGGUAAACCUAACAUAUAGAUGCAUUUUGUAAGUGUACAAUUACUGACUGUAGCUCAACAAUUGCUAUGCAAUGUAUCAGCCUCUCUGUAUUCAGUGAAAAAGAGACCACUAUAGGACUAGCACUAAGCACGCUCAUUCCAGAACCACUCACUACCAUGUCUGUGUCUGAAUGAUCCACCUCCCAAGUAAUCAGUGGUCUUAUGGUAGAACUUUUCCAUCUUCUUCUUCUUUUCCUGUUGAGAUUCCACUUCAUAGUGGAACCAUCGUGGUGGAAGGAUUAGCUGCUCAGCAGUAUGAUACUGAACGUUGCCCAGGGUGCGCCAGGGAAGGCUCCUUCCGUGCACACACAUUCACACACCCAUUCAUACACUACGGAUACUUUGGACAUGCCAAUCCGCUUACCAUGCAUGUCUUGGGGACUGAGUGAGGAAACCGGAGUACCCGGAGGAAAUCCCUGCAAACUCCGCACACACAGGGCCACGGUGGGAAUCGAACCCCCAACACUGGAGAUGUGAGGUGAACGUGCUAACCACUAAGCCACCAUGCGCCCUUUCCACCGAUAAAUAAGGCAGAGGGGGUCUGAUAAGUAAGGAAUAAAACAUGAUCUGACAUGCUGUUAAAUGAAAAUAAUGAAUGUUGGGUAGGGUUGAUCAGGCCCAAUGUGAAGCAGAAUUAAUGUCACCAACCAGUAGUUUCUUAUUUCCCAAUAACGUCCUAAAGUGUUUUAUUCCUCUUAUACCACAGUAAUUUGCCAACAAUGAUCAUUUUUAAUGUAUUGAUGAAUGAUGCAUUGUACUUUUUAACCAAUUAUAGAUCGAAUGUUGUGUAACAUCUACAAAUUAGUUCCUGCUAUCACUUGCAUUAUAGCAGUUAUAAACACCAUUUCGCUCACUGCUUUGUUUUUUCUCUCUUUCUUACAGUUAAUCAGGCACAAAAAAAAAAAAGUACAACUUGUCAUGUUCCAGAGAAACCACAAAGUCCUCCAUUCUGUAGACUUGUCAGAAAACAUCCUGCCCUUAACAAAGUGCAAUGCUGGAUCCUCCUCCUGUAAUUUCACAACAAUAUCAAUGGUCAUAUGUUUUUCUGUG